CCAGAACCCGGAAGCUGGGGACCCACGUGGGAGUCUGGGAGGCGACCGUCUUGGCUCUAGGGUCAGGUUGUGAGCAGUCCUUGAACGGGGACGAAGUGUGGAAAGCCAACGGGUCCUCCCCAGCUGUCUGUCAGUGGAGUCCCGGGCGCUGCUGGAGCAAUGCGACUCCUCCGGACGGUCGGGUCCUUCGAUCGCCUGCUCGCCCGCUCUCUCUCCUCCGUGGCUCCGCGCGGGGUGCGGCCCGGCGGGGAGGAGCUGAGUCGCUUGCUUCUGGAUGACUUGGCGCCGGCCCAGAAGCUGGAACGUCUGUUAGGUCUGUCCCCAUGCCUUCUGGCCUUGCGGGCCGCUCGCCGGCGCGUGGCCCGGCUCCUGCUCCAGGCCGGUAAGGCUGGGCUGCAGGGGGAGCGGGCCGAGCUGCUCCGGGUGGCCGAGGCUCGGGGCAUCCCUGUCUUGAGGCCCAGGCGUCAGAAACUGGAUGCCUUGUGCGGCUACCAGGUGCACCAGGGCGUGUGCAUGGAGGUGAGCCCGCUGCGACCCCGGCCUUGCGACGAGGCGGCUGACACGAGCUCAGGCGACGACCCUCAGCAGCUGUGGCUCGUCCUCGAUGGGCUCCAGGAUCCCCGCAAUCUCGGGGCUGUGCUGCGCUCCGCUCACUUCCUCGGAGUAGACAGGGUCAUCACCAGCCGGAGAAACAGCUGUCCGCUUACUCCAGUAGUCAGCAAGGCCAGCGCUGGGGCUAUGGAGGUGAUGGACGUGUUCGCCACUCCUGACCUGCCCGGUUUUUUGCAGGCCAAGGCCCAGCAGGGGUGGCUCGUGGUGGGCACAGUGGGCUGCCCAGGUCCUGAGAUCUCCCAGUCUUCCAAGGUCCCCAUCACUAGCUGCUUGGAGUUCGUCUGGGACCAGCCUACUCUCCUGGUGCUGGGCAAUGAGGGCUCUGGUCUGUCCCAGGAAGUUUUUGCCUCCUGCCAGCAGCUCCUUACUAUUCUGCCCAGACGCCACCUACCUCCCGGUCUUGAGUCCUUGAAUGUAUCUGUGGCUACAGGAAUUCUGCUACACUCCAUUUGCACCCAGAAGAAGGGUUUCCCUGGACAGGAGACAGAACAGCUUCUCCAAGACUCCUGAGAACCCUUAGCUACAUCUGAGGGACUCAGAGAAAAGCCCAGUACCCAGGACUACCAUUGUGGUCAGAAAAACAGGCAAAAUGUGGGCUGAUAUAGACUGUCUGAGAUGCGCGUGCGUAGGAAUCGGAAUGAGUCACACAUCCGUCCUCAGGCGUGGAUGUAAUGGGCCCUUUACUUGUAAGAGCCUGUUUACUGGCUACAGUCAGGAGACUUUAGAGACCAAAAGAAGUUUCAUAUCCAGUUGGAAAUGAUAGUUUGCUAGUUUCCAGGACAGAUUAGGACAGACAGUUCUGUCCUGGAUCCCAGUAGAAGUCAGGGGGCCGUCUUGGCAUGCGGAGGAACCAGGCAGUCCAGUGCAGGGUGUAUGGAAGGUGAGGGUGAGUUUGUAGAGGGAAGCUGAGUGGACAGGUACAUAUGCCAGAUGCAGCUGAGCUGUCAUGCCCAGUCUCUCCAUUAGGUGGCAGUCUUGCUCUUUGCACCAUAGUUUUGCAGCCCCUCACAGGGAGAUCCCUUUGUGUGUGUAUGUGGGGGAGGGAGGGGCUGGGGUGGAAGGGAGGGGAUGGGGUGGGAGGGGGGAAAUUUAGAGACAGGGAAAAUAGCCAACAGCUUCCAGAUACUGGCCAGUCCAGCCCAGUGGAGGGAACCUAUAAUCCCAGGCCGUUGUUGCCUUUUUGAGUGUGAGACGCUGUGAAGUCAGGGUUACUUUUGUGCAACCCUACUAGGCUUGCUCCCCUCCUCCAGGGUCCCAUAAGUGGAGCAGAAGUGAUAUUGCCAAGUAGUGGUCCCACUGUGGGCUGCACGGUGGAACACCUAAUAAGCUUUAAACAAACCAACGCAGCAGCUACUGUGUGCUGUGGGAAGGGCAGUAUGUUAUGGUAUGUUUUGUGUUGUUUUGUUUGGAGACAGGGGUUUAAUGUUCUGUGUACCUAUGGUGUCCCAAACCUUACUAUUUAUCUGAGGAUUACCUGGAACUUUUGAUCCUCUUACCCCACUAUGCCCAAUUUAUAUGUUUCUGGGGAUAGAUCCCAGAGCUUUGUGCAAGCUGGGCAUUCACUCUGCCAGCACAGCUACACCUGAGCCCUAGGCUGGAUAAUUCUCUGCUGUAGGAACCGUCCAGAGCAUCCUGAGCGGUAUCCACUAGAUGGCAGGGAGUCUUUACCCCAUCUGUCAUUAUGAAACCCAAACUGUCUCUACACAUGCCCAGACAUCUCUGACCAACAGCCCUGAGAGUGGGAUGGGAGGACAGCAACCCUGGAAUUGUAAUCCUGGAUGCUCAUCCCAACUCUGGUGAUGAGUUGCCUCCAUGCCUUCUUUGUAUCCUCGGAAGAUGUAUGCAGUAGGUGCCCAAUAAAUGAAUACCUCCUUCCUCUGUAA